UUUUCAAAAACCCGUUGGAGCCAAUUACAUUUUAAAUAUCAAUCACCUUCUAUCUCUCUCUCUCUCUCUCUCCGCCUGCAUUUCAGCCACUCAAAUCAUGAAGGCCCUCACUACUCCUCACUCUUUCUGAAUUCAGAUCAGGAAAGUUGUAAUGGGUUGCUUUCUUGGGUGUUUUGGCUUUUCCAAGAAGCGGAGGCGACGAAAACCUUCCGAUAAGGUUCUAGCUGGAGACCAGAAAAAUGGAAGUUAUGUGCCUUUAGAUUCCUCUGUGCCCGAAAAUCUUGACGUCACAGAAGACCCCAUUUGCUCAUACUCUGAGUCAAGAGACAAGCCUAAGGGGCGGCCAAGCUUCAAAAUCAGAAAAAAAGUUAGCUUUAAUUUAGAUGUUCAGACGUAUGAGCCAAUUCCGACAGAUUAUAAUCUUUUGGAGAGCGAUGAGGAGGAAGAAAAGGAAAAGAAAUGCGAAGAAGCAGCCAAAGGAGGCCUAAUUGCCUCGUUUACUCGGGGGAAAUCAGCAGAAAUGAAAAUGGGCUCGUACCCCUCAAAUUAUAGGUACCAAAAUUGCAGAGACAGCUAUGAUGAGGAAAACGAAAUAGCAUAUGAGGAAAUUGAUCUGGAUGAUGAUGAUGAUGAUUAUGACGAUGACAUUGAUGACGACGAAUUCUACGGAGACAAUGAUAUUCUUCCUGAUCAAAGCCAAGAAGAUGUUUCUUGGCAGUUGGUGUCUGCAAAUAUGGAAUCACAGAAGAUAGUUUCUUUGACUCAGUUGACUAGGAAUAAAACCACCAAUGAAGUGGCCCCUUGUGCUUCAAGCGUCAGAGAAUGGAAGUCGCAUGAAUUGCAUCAGAAUGUUCGAGAUAGGAGCCAAUAUGUGCAUUCUGUGCUGAACCCAAUAGAAAAUCUCACCCAAUGGAAAGCAGUCAAAGCAAGAGCAGCAGCACCGGAGUACCAGAGGAAGGAAAACAUAGAGUUCAAGAAAACACGACCCAUCAUAGAUCCAUUGCCUUUUUCAAAUCUCAGUCAGUCCAAGCCUCUAAUGCAAGAAAUUGCUGUUGAUAGCAGCCUUUCAAACUGGUUGGUUUUACCAAUGUCCAAUAGGUCUUGAGUCCAUCUUGGUGAAGAAAAAUAUGUUGGACGGAUCAAACUCAAGGAGAAAAAGAUAAGGUAGACAUGUUUUAGAGAUGAGCAGAUUAAAACCCUGCAGAAUCUCAUAUUUCAGGUUCUCACAGGAGUUUGUCAUCUGGAACAGGGCUAUAGAUUGAAGGUCAGCCUACUUUUAUACAAGCAGUGAGAAAGGACAAUUGGUAAAUACAGUUAAUUUCAAUACAAAGAUGAAGACUAUAAUAGAAGCACAGCCAACAGCAACUUUUCUUAUCGUUCUUGGCUAUUUUAGAUGGAUGUGAACAAUCUGGCGUGUUUUUUUUUGUUUUUUUUGUUUUUGUUUGUGUUUCUAAUUCUUUGUCUCUCUCCUCUGAUUGUUUUGUGAAUGAUGAUUUUGCUGGGUAGUUCUGUACUACCGCGUCAAUGGGCUUUGGUUGUCUCUCGUUAUGUCUUACAGUUUGUACAAGAGAUUGAUAAUGAAUGGAACCAUUCAAUUUUAA